CUCACACACACCUGGCGUCUUCGGACGUGUUUGUGCUGUUUGUCAAGCCUGGCUCUUAACUCUUGACCCGCUGAAGCUACUCACGUUUCUUCAACAGGUUAUAGAGCCCACUGAGCACCUCCCAAGGGGAGAAGGCUUGUCGAGCACCAGAACACAGAUCUCUAUGUGUGUGCUGUGGUUCGACUCAGCAUGAGCUCGAGCGGUGAGGUCACGCCUCGUCAAGAGGGUGAUCACGAGCCACACCAACACACUGAGGUGGACGUCAUAGUCGGUGAUGUCGAGAUGGGUGGCGUCAAGGCUGCUGUGGCAGUCAAGGCUGCUGUGGCAGAUCUCUGCCUCGAGGAGGUGGGAGGUGGUGCUUCCGGUGGUCACGAUGGCCAAGAGGAAGGUCAACAGCCCUCGCCUCUCGAGCAGCUAUACGCCUUUGCUCUCAAGUGGGAGAGUCUGACAUCAUGCGACGCAUCUGGUGUGGAACGCUGUGUCUCAUCUGGUGGCGGCAUCUCUAUGGUCGGUCGCGGCCGUGGCAAGGCUCUUACCGUGCCCGCUUGGGUGACCAAGAUGCGACCCCAGCAGCAGACGCUGAAUGAGACUGAGGCGGAAAGCAUGUUGAUCGGGUGUGAUGCGACACGUCGAGCACUUGUUGGUUUGCAGCAAACCAUGCUCGAAGUGCGUCGACCUGCCCAGCACACACCGAUCGUGGCUAUACUCGAACGACCGAAGGUCGAGGAAGUCCCCAAAUGGGAUGGCGAGGCCGCAAGCUAUGCGGUAUGGCGCUGCAGCUUCAUGGUUAUGAUGACUCGCGUCAAUCUCAGCCAUCUCAUCGACAAGGGCAUGCGAGCUGCGUUGCGAAUGGUCAGCAACGAGCAGUAUGAGGCUGAUGCCGGCUACCUCUAUGAGCUGCUGCUGCGUGCUGUACAUCCAUCAGCCCUCGAGGCCUUGCGCAUCAUACGCGCCGCUGGGAUCAGCGAUGCCUAUGACGUGCCGGCUAUGUGGGCCUUGACGGGUGUUAAGAGCGGUCUCGAAGCACGUGACGGCGUUGCGGCUCUGGAAGCACUGGACGCGGUGUACAUGCCUGGUGGGCGUGGCCGUAAGUGCUGGCUCUGCGGGCGUUCGGGCCAUCUCCAACGAGACUGCCCACGCAGAGAGCCGGGCAAGGUAGCGAAGAGAAACCCCAAAAUGGUACGCACGAUGGUGCACAGGGGUGGGAGCAAGUGAGUGCUAUUUGUCGACUGUGAGUCAGUCACGGACAGACGGACAGUCAGCGAAGUGCAGAGGAAGCAGCUUUGGUUGCCUGUGGUCAUGCACAAGCUGAGAGCACACAGGGUAGUGUUGUCUCAGUGGGUAUGGCACAUUCGUCUGCUUUGGACACUCGGGGUGUAUGUUGUGCGAGACAGGCACAGGAUAGUGCAGUCAAGACACAUACACAAUGAUCGAUCGAGUACUUCUUGUCUCGCUUCUUCUCUGGUGCUGUGCGUUACAGACCGGCAAGAAAACGAAGAAGUCAAGCAAGAAGAAUAGAGAUGAGUCACGGGAGGAGUAGGUCGCCAUGAGAAGUGCAUGUGCUGAACUACAGUGCCUGUUUGACAUGCGCUGGACUAUGCAUCUAGCUGGACUAGAGUGCAUGGUUGCAUGUGCUGAACUGUGCAUGUUUGCCCGUUGUGUUGACCUGUAUGUCUCGUCCAUGCCAGCGGCGUGCAAUAAGACUGUGCGUGGGACGGACGGAUGCAUGUGAAUGAAUGCAUUGUUGCGUUCAGUUGACUGCAUCUAAGGUCGGAUCGAUCGAUCAUGAGUGCC